AAAGACGGACGUGAUCAGGUAGGUUAGGUUCUCUAAUUCACGAACUGUGCAACUGUCGGAUUCCAUGGCGCAAAUCCACGGCGGAGAUGACGACGGCGAUGGAACUAACGACGGCGGAGAGGUCGUCACCGGGGAAUCAUAUUUCCACGUGAUGCCGGAGGAUAGCGUCUCCUGCAUAAUCUCGUUCACGACUCCUCGUGACGCGUGCGUUGUGUCAUCGGUUUCGAAGAUGUUCAAAUCGGCAGCUCAAUCCGACGUUGUCUGGGAGAGGUUUCUCCCAUCGGAUUAUUCGUCUCUUGUUCCUCAAUCUCUUGUCUUCUCUUCUAAGAAAGAGCUCUAUCUCGCCCUCUCCGACAACCCCGUUCUUAUCGACGAUGGCAAAAAGAGCUUCUGGUUGGAGAAACCGACUGGGAAGAAGUGUUAUAUGAUUUCCGCCUUGGAUCUCACGAUCAUAUGGGGAGGUACUCCUUCAUAUUGGCAAUGGAUUUCAGUUCCUGAAUCUAGGUUUGAAAGGGUAGCAGAGCUUCUCAACGUCUGUUGGCUUGAGAUUCGUGGGAAGAUCGGUGCAGGCAUGCUAUCUCUUGGGACACUUUACUCGAUCUACUUUGUGUUCAAGACAACAGACAGAUGGUACGGGUUCGACAAGGUGCCUGUAGAAGCUGGAGUAGGAGUUGUCGGGAGUGAAGCUUCUUCUCAUAGAUUGAUCUGUUUCGAUGCGGGGAGGGGAGGCAGUUUUCUGCGAAGGAGGCUGCGUCCAUGGAUUCAUCCGAGGGUUUCUCGGGAAGAAGAGGAAAGAAGCAAUGGGCUUGUGGAGCCGAAGGAGAGGGGAGAUGGGUGGAUGGAGGUGGAGCUCGGAGAAUUCUUCAACAAUGGGAAUGGUGAUGAGAUUGUUGCGAUCAAUGUUCUUGAGACAAAGGGUGGAAAUUGGAAGAGUGGUUUGAUCGUUCAAGGCAUUGAGAUUAGGCCUAAAGAAGAUGGCAACAACUAACGUGAAUGCCCCCAAAGGUUCUCUCUUUGAUGAAACUUCUGGUAAUGGUUUGAGAUUUGUGUCUCUCAUGUGGUAAUGCUUUGUGAAAUGUCUGGGCUUUGAACUACCAUAGUCUUUUUAAGUUAUGUCUCAAACAUUACAUACAUAUAUGCAUAUAUGUGUUUGUAUUAUGAAGGUAUCAUUAAAGUAAAUAAUGUACUUUUCGAUGUUAAUCGAGUGGGGAGUCUUUUGCACU